CUCCAGGAGUGACUUGGUAGGCUCUGCACUGGGGGGUAUUUGCUGAUUAGAAUGAGCCAUUUAAUCACUAAUCUUUAAACUCGGAACUAAGCGACCAGCGGAUGGCUCGGUCUUUGCAAACUCAACCACUCAAAAAUUUCUGUGUUUACAAAGAUGCCGCGGAUUAUUAAUGGGAAACUACGUUCGAUGCCUUGCGUUGAAUAGGAGAGAAAUGUUCUUGCAAGUUCAAGCUAGUAAUACAGUGUUAAUCAUCCCGCAGAGAUCUCAGGAUUUGAGCUUAUUCUGGUAAUUACAUUCGAGAUUCAGAGCCAGAGCGAUCCGAAUAUCUCCAAAGCCCCUCUUCUAGCCACCCGGAUACUCAUUCACUUGGAUCGAUUAUCUUCACUCAAAAUUAUUACUUCUACUCCGUAUUAUACCCCUUUGGCAUUAAACAGCAAAAAUCAACUCAUAUCACAAUGUCUACCAAGCCCAUCCGCCGCGUCACCCUCUUCAAGAUCCCAACGGAAGAGGGUCAAGAACAGCUCCUUGCGAAAUACCGCACCCUGCCUCAAGAGGCUCUUAAGGACGGCGCGCCAUACCUCCUCGACAUCCAAGCCGGCAAGGCAUUCCCCGACCAGCGCGCCCAGGACUUCACCCUGGCCGUCUCUACAGUCUUCAAGAACAAGGAGGAUAUGUUGUUCUACGACACUGAGUGCACAGGGCAUGCGGGUAUCAAGAAAGUGGCUAUGGCCGUGCACGAGGGCGUUAUGAUAGUGUAUUUCGAGAGCAUCUUUGACUAGAUGGGUGCAAGUGGGAGACUGGAACUACGGAUAAGUCAGGGAAUGGGACCUCAGUGAGAUGCUACUCGUGAGGGUCAGCGUUCAGUCUUCGUAAUACACGAAGAUUCUACGUAAUAGGCCCAAACGUGACUUCCCGCCGCCCUAUUCAACCCAAGAUCCUUACAGUACUCAUCCCGGAAUAAUCGUACUUACGGUAGAGAACAGAAAGUAAGAAUAAAAUUGCAU